CAGACACAACUUAGUACUGUAGGUCUGGAGAACACCAAGAGGGAGGAUCUUAUUUCACUCCCCUGUGCACAGUCUGAGCAUACAUCAGACCUGGAGGUGCUCAGAUUCAGACAAGAGUAAAGAGGCGUGUGAUGAUUCUGCCUUAGUACUUGUACAGACAGGAGUGUUUCCAGCACUUCUUUGUACAAGUCGCUGAGGGAAUGGGAACCUGUUUUUUAUAGCUCUGGAAACAUAUGCACAGUAAGAAUGUCUGAGGCUAUCCGAUGCACUCUGGUGAACUGUAGUUGUCUGUGUUUCAAACCUGGAAAAAUAAGCCAGCGACAAUGUGACCAGUGCCGACAUGGAUGGGUAGUGCAUGCCCUAAGCAAAUUAAGGAUCCCCAAUCUGUAUCCAACAAGCCAGGUAGAGAUAGUACAAUCCAAUGUGGUCUUCGAUAUCAGUAGCCUCAUGCUGUAUGGAACCCAAGCCAUUCCUGUCCGCCUUAAAAUCCUGCUAGAUCGUCUCUUCAGUGUCCUGAAGCAAGAAGAGGUGAUACAGAUUCUCCAUGCACUGGAUUGGACACUGCAGGAUUAUAUACGUGGAUAUGUGCUACAGGAUGCUUCAGGAAAGGUGCUGGAUCACUGGAGCAUAAUGACUAAUGAAGAAGAACUGGCUACUUUGCAGCAGUUUCUUCGCUUUGGAGAGACUAAAUCUAUUGUAGAGCUAAUGGCAAUUCAAGAGAAAGAAGGUCAGUCAAUUAUAAUACCUACAACAACGACUAAUUUGGAUAUUAGGGCAUUUAUAGAAAGUUGCAAUCAGAGAAGUUCUAGUCUUUCUUCUUCCAUGGACAAAAUGAGCCCUGCCAACAUUCAUCACUUUGAGAACAUUGUAAAUAAUAUGGCUUUCAUGCUGCCUUUUCAGUUUUUCAGUCCAGUGCCUCCACCUUUGAUAGGUUCACCACCAGAAAGACAUUUGCUUGAACAAGGUCAAGACCACAGCAAUGAAACUAAACAAGAUGUUCCGAUACCAUUUUCUGAAAGCAGCUUCUUGACUUCCAGUUCUACUUCAUUUCAAGUUGAAAAUGAGAGGAGCAUAAACAGCCCAGAUAUCACUACUAAAACAGAGGACGAUGCCCCUUUAAGUGAUUCUAGCUCACAUCAUACAGUAACAAAGCUUGAAAGGACACAGUUAUCUCCAGAAAAUAAAAUGAAAUCUGUUGAAAAAAAUGGCAUUGGGCCAAGAAAAGGGCGCGUUUUCUGCACAGCCUGUGAAAAGACAUUUUAUGACAAAGGAACUCUGAAGAUCCACUAUAAUGCUGUUCAUCUGAAGAUCAAACACAAAUGCACAAUUGAAGGCUGCAAUAUGGUGUUUAGUUCUUUGCGAAGUCGAAAUCGUCAUAGCGCAAACCCCAACCCAAGACUCCAUAUGCCAAUGAACAGAAACAACAGAGAUAAAGACCUGAGGAACAGUUUGACUAUCUCUGGACCUGAAGAAACUAAAAGGACGGACUUUACCAUUUUAACCCCAGAUAGUAGACCUAUUACCAACUAUGUCAGCUCUUGCACAGAUUCAAAGGUGCAAUCCAGUUUUCCCAGUAUUGGACAAAACGGUGUUCUCUUUCCAAACUUAAAGACUGUUCAGCCAGUUCUUCCUUUUUAUCGCAGUCCAGUCACGCCAGCUGAGCUUGCUAAUACCCCAGGCAUACUCCCUUCUCUACCUCUCAUUUCUUCAUCAAUACCUGAGCAGCUGGUUGCUAACGGAUUGCAAUUUGAUGCACUACCCAAGAAAAAAUCUCGUAAAUCGAGCAUGCCAAUCAAAAUAGAGAAAGAAGCUGUUGAGACAGCUAAUGAAAACAGCAACCUUGCCAGCUCGGAAGAUGAUACACCUCUGCAGGUGGUAAGCGAUGGAGAGCUGGAGACCUGUGAGCAUAGGAUUGAAAAGCAGAUGAGCGACAGGGUGGAAAAGCACCCCAUUUCAGGUAAUUCAUGGAAAUCUCUCUCUGGGGUAGAGGGUCCAAAAUAUUUUGAUUCUGUCAUUGAGCCAAAUAACACAUACAUCAAGGAAACCUCUGAGAAUGAAUUAGAUUACUCUAAGAGAGAGGUUAUGCCAGAAGACAACCAAGCAUUAAAAAUAGCUUCUCGUGAAAUCAUGUAUGAAGAUCCAGAACAACACCACAGUGAUGUUAUAAAACCAGUGACUACAUCCUCUCUUUAUAUUAAAGAGCAGUCAAAGCACCGGAUUCCUAAUAAUGAUUGCACUGAAUUGCACCACCACUUGCUAACUGGGGGCCUUUUCAGUGCUUUGUCAAACAGGGGUGCUGCCAUUCCUUGUUUAGAAGACUCUAAAGAUAUGGAUCAUAUCAGUCAACAUGCACUAGGGAUUCAGAAGGCAGAAAGCCGCUUUCAUUGUGACAUCUGUAAGAAGACCUUUAAAAACCCUUACAGUGUAAAAAUGCAUUAUAAAAAUGUACAUCUGAAAGAAAUGCAUAUUUGCACAGUUGAGGGCUGUAAUGCUGCUUUCCCUUCUCGUAGAAGUCGAGACAGACAUAGUUCAAAUUUAAAUCUUCAUCAUAAGCUUCUGACCAAAGAUACACUGGAAUUCAAGGACAACUAUUUCAAUGCAACAUACCUCUUGAAAGACAUGGCUAAGGAGGUUUGUCAAGAUGUGUCUUUAAAACAACAUGUUGGACAGACUUCUGUAAUCUUCAAAGGAAUGAACAGAACAGGCAGCUUGGUUUUUCCACUGAGCAAAAUCAGAGAACCCUGUUCUGAGAAUUUUGGAUAUGAUCCAGUGAAUGAUGGUGCUGUUCUGGAUUUAAGCACUACUUCCAGCAUUAAGUCUGAGAGCAGUGCACGUUCCUCUUGGGAUUCUGAUGGAGGAAGCGAAGAAUGCAUCAUGCCUUUGGAUGACAGUGAUGAAAGCUGUGAAGGACCGAGCCUAAUACCCAAUGAAGAGCUCUACCCAGACUGUACUGUAAUUGAGAAGGCUAAUCAAAGCUUUACAAAUUUACCUUCCAGUUUGCCAAUAACUUGUCAUAUAUGCCAAAAAAAUUACAGUAAUAAAGGAACCUUCAGGGCCCAUUACAAAACUGUGCAUCUCCGCCAGCUCCACAAAUGUAAAGUCCCAGGUUGCAACACAAUGUUUUCAUCUGUUCGCAGUCGAAACAGGCAUAGUCAGAAUCCCAACCUGCACAGAAGUCUGACCAGAUCACCAAAUAGCCUCCAGUAACAACAUACUAAUCCCAACUGACUUUUUGCUAAGCGUAAAUCAUUUCAGAUAAGAAAGAGUUAGAAUGAUUUUUAAACAAAACAAAAAAACCAACCUCAUUUGAUGCUGGGCCCAUUUAACAUACAGGGUCAAAUUCUGCUCUCACUUAUAUGGAUGCUCUUUCGCAGCUUCACUGAGCAAAAUGUGGUGCCAUCAUUUUUAAACCAUUAUUUUGUUUGACGUUAAAUAAUAGAAACUUCUUUAAGGAAAAGAAAGCAGUACUGGCAUUGGGAUGAAUGUGGCACCAUUAACUGAAGUUUUUUUGACAGUUUGCAAAGUAUUAUUCACUUAUAGUACGAAGUUCAAAGGAGAAACCUCCAUCCCAUUGGAUCCUGUUAUGUUUACAUGUUAAAUGGGAGUAGUAUUCUAGGCUGUCAAUAAAGAUGGGGGGGGGUACUUUGGUUGGGUUGGGGCUUUGGGGACUGUCAUUUUAUUCCUGAGGCCUUUGUCAGAGGCUCACUUGCAGUAUUAAAUAUAUUAUGGUGUUUUCAGUUUAGUUUUCACUGCAUUUCAAAAGCCAAAAUACAAAUUUAGGAGAAUGUAGGAUGAGAUGCAAAUUCUCUACAAUUUCUGCAGUCCUUACUCCUUGAUUUCAAUGGGAAUUUUACUUGGAUAAAGAUUGCAGGAUUCUGGCCUUUGAGAAUAGACCAGAACUAGAUUUAAAACAGGAAAUAUUUCUUUCCAUGCAAGAGGGUCUCUUCGUUAAAUCUGAGAGAUCAUGACAUGUAUCAGCAGAAGAAAGCUAAGCAUGUUGGUUCCAGAACCACAGCAAACAUCCUGGAAGUAGAGAAAAGUAAAUCCUAUAUUUUUAUUGCAUUUUUUUACCUCUACUUUCACGAAAAGUGGAAUAUUGGGGGGGGGAAUCCCCCAAAUUAUUCAUAAUUUUAAAGGUAUACUUUCAAACCUGUGGGAGCUAUGGAAAAAGAAACAGUUUAAAAAAAAUCUGCAGUAGGUGUCCUUCAUGAUUUGUUGAUUUUCCUCAUCCAUGGGAAGAACACACUGAUCUGUGUAACAAUAAGAAAAAGAGUGCAUUUAUUCUGAUUCACACACUUUUCUUGAUAUUAGAACCUUGCUUGAGAUCUGUUAAAAAUGUUUAAUAUCCCUGUACUUGUCACUGUAAUUAACAGUAUUCUGCAUUAUGUUCUAUGCACUUAAAAAAGACUGGUUUGCAUUGUAUUUAAAAAAAACCACUUCGAUAAUAUUUAAUUUGUAGUUAUGUCAUACCAAUGCUGUGUGUGUAUAUGUGGUGCAACAGUGUGCUUGACUGAAUCAUUUUUCAAUAGCAGAAAGAAAUGCUAAAAAGCAGGCUUUAUAAAACCACUUUUUAAAAAAGUUUAGUAAACUUUUACAUUUUGAAUCAAGUGUUCAUGAGUUGUAGUGGGCAAGCAUGAUAUUGACAGCACAAUUUGUACAUAUUAUACCAAAGUGCUUAGAGUAUUUGUGGUUCCUAGGACUAGUCUGGGUUUCCAGUGUAACUGGAUCUUCAUCUUUAUGCAUCUUUGUGACUGAACAAGAUUAGACUGAAUUUCUGAUUUAGGUUUUAGGAACACUAGUACAAAGCUAUUGCCAUAUGUCUUGAUGUUUAACUUAUUCUAAAAUAUACUACAGUAUUGUAACCAUUUUAUAUUGUAUAAAGGAAGCUAAAGUGGACUAAAUAUUUCAUUAAUUCUUUUGAAAAUCUGGGUGUGUGUGUGUGCACAAGAAAAAACUAUGACAUUUGCAGUGUUGUAAAUUUUUGUGCUUACUAGAAAUGGGUUUCAUAUGUUGUGUACAGUAAUUUUAUUUUAUUUCUACAGUAGGUCUCUGUGGUAUUGAAACACUCACUAAAACAAUUUGGGCUUGAAGCGGUUAAAAAUGUUGUUAGGCUAGGACCAGAUUGUGUCCUCACUUUUUAAGCAGGAAUUAAUAUCAAUGGGGAUUUUAGCUUAAAAACCAAUGGUAUAAUCUUGGAUGCUACAAGGUCUUCUGGUGGCACAAACAAAUGACUUGUUACCAACAAUUUGGUGUGCUUUUUACAUAUAUAUGUGCUGGCUUAAUCAUUAAGGGUCUGUUUGAAACCAAGUGUGAUGUAAACAAAUACUGUAAUGCCCAGUUAUUUCAUUUUUCACUGUUUCCAAAAAGGUAACACAAUUUGUAUACCCUACAAAUUUUGUAUGUGUUAAUAAAAACAUAUGAUGAUGUCUUUGAUUC